ACGGCGGUCAGCUGACAGAUCCGGGAAGGUGCGUGAUGUUUACUUUUCUUUGUCGACUGCGUGAACUUGCGCUAUUUUCCUGAAUGAAUGCAGCGAUAUGCGUCUCCUCGGAGAACCAUGGCCGUCGUCAACUCGGUGCUGAAGCUCGUCCAGCGGCAGACGUACACCUGUCUGUCUCACCGGUAUGGACUCUACCUCUGCUUCGGCGGCAUCGUCCUCAUGAUUGUUUCCGCCUUCCAGUUCGGAGAGGUGGUGGUGGAGUGGAGUCGGGACCAGUAUCACGUGCUGUUUGACUCCUACAGAGACAAUGUUGGAGGGAAGUCCUUCCAAAGCAGGCUGUGUCUGCCCAUGCCCAUCGAUGUGGUGUACACAUGGGUGAACGGCACAGACGUGGCUCUGCUGAGGGAGCUGAAGACGGUCAAAGAGCAGCUGGAGGACGAACAGAGAGUCCUGAGGGAACGACUGGGCAGAAACGCCAGCGAGACCACGGACGUGCCAAAAGACAGUGUGAAGCCAGAAUGUCUGCUGUCCCACUGCGUGGUCGCGCCCCUGCUGGUGCUGGACCCGGCGCUGCCCGCCAACGUCACGCUCAAAGAGCUGCCGUCGCUCUUCCCGUCCUUCUCUGCUGCCAAAGAGCUGCUGCUGCUCACCAAACCCACCCACCCGUCCACCGCCGUCUCGGUGCUCGUCUUCCAUUUGCAGGCGGAUGCUGAUAAAGCUUAUGCAGACGUGUCAAAAGAAGAGCACCACGUCUCUGUGUCCAGAUGUUACCUGACGACAGAUAAAGAAGCUCCGGGUCUGAUCCGCCUCCACGCUCUGGCUUAUCUGAGCGGCUUCCCCGCGUCCGUCAAAGACACGGAGCAGCUGAGAGUCAAACUCCCCGCGCUCGUCACCAACAAGAUCAAACGGUUUGAGUUGUACUCUGAGGCGAGCAUCGCUCUGCUGCACCUGAACAGCCCGCAGGACUUCUCUGAGCUGACGCAGCAGGCCAAGAAGAACCUGACGCUGGACGGCAAAGAGUUGACCAUCAGCCCCGCCUACUUGUUCUGGGACCUCACGGCCAUCUCUCAGUCCAAACAGGACGAAGACGUUUCCGCCAGCAGAUUCGAGGACAACGAGGAGCUGCGCUAUUCCAUGCGCUCGGUGGAGAAACACGCCCCCUGGGUGCGGCACAUCUUCAUCGUCACUAACGGACAGAUUCCCUCCUGGCUCAACCUGGACAACCCCAGGAUCACUGUGGUCUCACAUCAGGAUAUCUUCCUGAACCACAGCCACCUUCCCACCUUCAGCUCUCCGGCGAUAGAGACCCACAUCCACCGCAUCCCAGGUCUCUCACAGAAGUUCAUUUACCUCAACGACGACGUGAUGUUCGGCAAAGACGUCUGGCCGGACGACUUCUACAGCCACUCCAAGGGGCAGAAGGUUUAUCUCACCUGGCCUGUUCCCAACUGUGCUGAAGGUUGCCCCGGAUCCUGGAUCAAAGACGGGUACUGUGACAAAACCUGCAACAACUCUGCGUGUGACUGGGACGGAGGCGACUGCUCUGGUGUCGCCGGGAACAGUCGGUUCGGGGUGGGGCUCGGUAAUGGCAGAGCCGGUGAAGCCGGUGGACAGGUGUGGCAGUUUCCAGGUGGUAUCGGAGGUCUGGGUGGGACGUCCUACUGCAACCAGGGCUGUGCCAACUCGUGGCUGGCGGACAAGUUCUGUGACCAGGCGUGCAACGUCCUGUCCUGUGGCUUUGAUGUGGGCGACUGUGGCCAAGAGCACUUUGAGGAGCUGCACCAUGUGACCCUGCUGACGGACCAGAGUCUGUACGUCCUCCCCGUGGGCGAGAUAAAGCCGUAUUUCAGCUUUGAGAGACUUGCUCGCAGAGUCUCUGAGGCCCACGUCAGCGACAGCGCGGUGGUCCGCCACACCUCCGUCGCCAACAAGUGGAAGACCCUUCAUCUGCUGCUGUACCCCGGUCACAACGCCACCCAGGUCCACUACAACCUCACUCUGCAGAGAGAAGACGACACCGAGUUCAUGGUGACCUUCAGCGUCGCUGUAGACACGCGCGAGGUUCCCAAGGCCAACGUGACCAAGACGCUGAGUGAAGACGCCAACAGAGAGCCGAAGCCGACGCCCACUCCAGAGCCGGUCUUUGCUUUUUCAGACAUUCCCGAAGACAAACGUGGUCCCAAGAUCAAGAAGACGCCUCGCGAUGACGCUCGGGUCUUCAUUGAGGUUCCUGCGGUCCACGUGUCCCUGUUACCAGCUGUUGUGAGGAACGAGCUGCAGAAGCUGGAGCAGAAGCUUUUGACCGGUGACAUCACUGAGAAGGGUUAUAACCUCACGAUGGCUGAACUCCUCAGACCUUACCAGACACUGGCUCAGGUGCAGCAGGGCGUUCCUCCACAGGCUGAAGCCAAAGAUAAACCCCAUAACGAUUUGGAGGAAGAAACUGUUCAGAAAAACCAAGACUCAGACGUCACUCCGCUAAUCCCAGUCCAGAUUAACGAUAAACAUAAGAGAGACUUUGCCUCAGCUACGCUUCCUGCUGUCAUUGAACGACCUAUGACUUCCAAACUGCUGAACAGCCUCUCUGAAGUCAGAGGUGCUGAGAGUCAGGAGGAGCGCGACGUUGUCGUUGGGAGGAGACUCCAACACUUCACCUCCUCUGACCGAGGCUUCCUGCCGUGGGAGAGGAGGAAGUUCUUCCACAAACUACUUGAGGAGGAAGAGCGUCUGCAGAAAGAGUUGAUGUAUGAGAGCGACGGCGCCGCCACUGGCCGGAAGCUGCAGGACACGUUUGCCGACUCGCUCCGCUACGUGAACAAGCUGCUCAACGGCCAGUUUGGCUUCACUUCACGCAAAGUCCCCGCCCACAUGCCUCACAUGAUCGACCGGCUGAUCAUGCAGGAGCUGCAGGACACGUUCCCGGAUGAGUUCGAUAAGACGUCAGGUCACCGCGUCCGUCACUCGGAGGACAUGCAGUUCGCCUUUUCUUACUUUUACUUCCUGAUGAGCGCUCAGCAGCAGCUCAACGUCUCUGAAGUGUUUGACGAGAUCGACACGGAUCAUUCGGGCAUUUUGUCCGACCGAGAGAUUCGAACGCUCGCCACCAGGAUCCACGAGCUCCCGCUGAGCCUCCAGGAUCUGACGGGUCUGGAGCAGAUGUUGAUAAACUGCUCCAAGACUCUCCCAACAAACCUGACCCAGCUGCACCUGGUGAACCCCACGCAGGAGACCUACUAUGACCCCAGCAUGCCUCCUGUCACAAAAGGCCUCGUCCUUCACUGCAAAACCAUCACUGAUCGCAUCCAGAAAGCCUUCAAAGACCAGAAUAAAUACAAGUUUGAGAUCAUGGGAGAGGAGGAGAUCGCUUUCAAGAUGGUGCGCACCAACGUGUCGCACGUGGUCGGACAGUUGGACGACAUCAGGAAGAAUCCCCGGAAGUUCAUCUGUCUGAACGAUAACAUUGACCACAGCCACAAAGACGCAGUCACGGUCAAAGCCGUGCUCAGAGACUUCUACGAGUCCAUGUUUCCGCUGCCGUCCCAGUUUGAGCUGCCCAGAGAAUAUCGCAACAGGUUCCUGCACAUGAAGGAGCUCCAGGAGUGGCGAGUUUAUCGGGACAAGCUGAAGUUCUGGACCCACUGUGUCCUCGUGACGCUCGUCAUCUUCACCAUCUUGUCCUUCUUUGCAGAACAGCUUAUUCUGCUGAAGCGGAAACUGUUUCCCAGACGCAGAGCGAACAGAGACAGCAACUCAGAGCGGGUGUGAUGGAGGAAGACUCUUCUUCGUCUUCAUCCUCUGUCCUCUGUGCAGAGGAGACAAAGUGUGUGUGUGUGUGUGUGUCCUCGCUGUUGUGUUGCAUCAGCGCGCGUGGACGACCGAGACCCGAGUGAGAUGGUGAUGACGUGUUUUUCUUUCUUUUUCUUCAAGCGAUGAACAAAAUAACAGCCACAGUGUUGAGGUGUGAUCUUCAUUCCUGCCACCGGGGGCAGCAGAGACUUUUACACACAACACAAACAAACAUAAAACACUCCACACUGUUCCCACUCCUCAUGUCUGUCCUCUCUGUGUCACUGAUUGAUGUGGUGUUGACGUGUGUGCGUGCGCGUGCGUGUGCGUGCGUGUGUGUGUGUGUGUGUGUGCGUGUGUGUGUGUGUGUGCAGGGAUUUGUUUCCUCUCUUCUGGCACAAACGCUGAUCUUGUCUGGACCAGUACCCUUCAAGGAAACCAAAACCUGGUCCUAAUGAGAGCCUAACCCUGUGUAUAGGUUGAGGUUAAGCGUUGUGUAGUUGUGUAGUUGUGGUUAAGGUCAGGGAGUUGUGAGAGGGUCGCGGUGCAAAGGCGGGUCUGUGUUUUACCUUUGACUCUGACGUGGGUUCAUUUUAAGGAAAAGGAGCAUGAAGUCCGUGCAGAUGAAGAGUUCAUUUAUGUCUUUGUCUUUUGUCGUUCAUGAAAACUUGAAGUGCCUUCUUUGUUCAUUCCUGCUUGUUCCAACAUUUUUUUAAAGAAAUGAUUAUAUUGUAAAUGUCGGCCCGUAGUCUAGUGAAUAACAAUGAAAAUGAAUGGGAUCUAGGAUAAUAUAAUAAUUGUUACUGUGGUACUUGACGUGAUACCGCAGCCGCCUGUAUGUGCGUCCCUGUGGGACUCGACAGGGUCGCAACUUGUCUGAAAUUCAGACUCCCUCAGCAUGUUGUGUAACUUAUUUUUGGUGAAAUAUUAUCGUAGCCGGUGCGUCUGUGGCCUCAUUAAAAAUGCUUGUCAGCUGACUGUUGUUCAGUUAGAGCGUGGAAGUGACUCCACGACGUCGUCGGGAGUUGUCACCAGAUGACGAUGAGUAACGUGUCUCAUGAGUCUGUCACGGUUCCCGACUGAAAUAAAACACUUUUGGUUCAGUCA